AUGCCGAAACCUAAACCUAAACGCAGAGUUAUCACUAUGUGUUGCCAUUGCGGAAACACGCUUCAUAUUUCUGACGCAUGUCCAUUGGCGACAAUAGAUAUAAUAGAAGACGAGAGUGAUAAAAAUUUGAGUGAUGUAACCCUUGAUGAUGUUGAUAAUGAAGAAUCCAAUGAAAAAAAUUCAAAGAAAAAAAAAGGAUCUAAAGCUAAAUCUGUUGUAAAGGAAGCUGAUGAUAGAUCCGAUGAAAAAUCAAAGAGAAAAGGUAAAUCUGUUGUGAGCGAACCUGGCUCAUCAUCAAAAAGCGAAGGUAGUAAUACAAAAG